AUGACGACCAUUCGACAAUUUAAAAUGGAUGACUUGCUCAAGUUCAACAACAUCAACUUGGACUAUUUGACGGAAACUUACUACAUGAGCUUUUACAUGUCGUACAUGUCGCAAUGGCCCGAGGCCUUUACCGUUGCGGAAGCCGCCAAUGGAUCCUUGAUGGGUUACAAUUUGGGCAAGGCGGAAGGUUAUGGUAAACUCUGGCACGGUCACGUUUCUGCCGUCACUGUGGCUCCAGAAUAUCGUCGCUUGGGUAUGGCCAAGACCUUGAUGGACGACUUUGAAGACUUGUGCACUCAUACGUACAAUGCCUACUUUGUGGAUUUGUUUGUCCGCAAGUCGAAUCAUUUGGCGCAAAGCAUGUACAACAAGUUUGGUUUUUCAACAUACCGGCGAGUGAUAGGCUACUAUUCUGGUGAAAUGCCUGAGGACGCUUUAGACAUGCGGAAGGCCUUGCCGCGAGAUAAAAACAAAGAGAGUGUGAUACCCCUGGACCAUCCAAUCUAUCCGGAUGAAUUGGAAUGGUAA